AUGGCACGGUACUACAAGACCGAGGAAGUAGUAGACAUCCUAAUGCGCUCCGACUGCCAGGAUCUCUCCUCUUCACCCGCCAAGAGUGACUCUGAUUCCGGGGGUGACACGGAUGAUUCGUCUCUCCACACCGAUCAUCAGGAGUCGUCUUCUGAUUUUUCUUCUGGAGAUGAGAACGAGGGGGGGACGCACGAGGAAGCAGCGGCGUGGACCUCCAAAAAUGGGAAGAAAUGGUCCCCGACAUACACCAAGACGCUGCGGUACGUCGCAGCACCCACAGGGCUUAUUCCGGGACCGACCCACUACGCCGUCGCCCGAAUUACUGACCCACUCUCCAGCUUCAGGUUGUUCAUAACUGAUGGGAUUAUACAGCAUAUCGUUUCAAUGACAAACCUUCAGGGCAGACGCGAAAUCUCAGUCUGGAGAGAUUUAGACAGCGACGAAAUGCUGGCUUAUAUGGGGCUGCUAAUUUUGUCCGGUGUAUACCGGUCAAAACACGAGCCCCUCACCAGCCUUUGGGGUGAGAAAACAGGAAGGAGGAUUUUCCGUGCCUCAAUGUCCCAGAAAAGAUUUUCGCACAUCACCCGGGCGCUCCGAUUUGAUGACAAGCUCACCCGACCUGCACGACGUACCAACAAAUUGGCUCCCAUUCGGCAGGUAUGGGACAUGUGGGCACACCGCCUGCCGAUGUUGUUUAGUCCAGACCGGGACGUUACGGUGGAUGAGCAGCUGGUACCGUUCAAGGGAAGGUGCAGUUUCCGCCAGUAUAUCCCCAAAAAGCCUGCUAAAUACGCCAUAAAGGUCUGGGCAGCAUGCGACGUCAAGACAUCAUACGCCUGGCGGCUGCAGGUUUACACCGGGAGAGCAGCAGGCGAACUGGCCGAGGUAAAUCAGGGGAUGAGGGUCGUCCUGCAGAUGACCGACGGGCUCCAGGGGCACGUCGUCACAUGCGACAACUUUUUUACCUCAUUUGAACUGGCAGAGGAACUCCUCAAGAAUAAAAUGGCUCUGGACGGCACAAUCCGCCAGAACAAAACAGAAAUUCCACCCGUUUUGCGCCAGACGAGAGGGAGAGCCGUCUACUCCUCUACCUUUGCCUUUUCAUUGAAACACACCCUAGUGUCGUACAUUCCCCGACGGGGCAGGAAUGUGCUUUUAUUGAGCACCAAACAUCGCAGGCCGGAGGUCAGCGAUGACGAGAGAAAAAAGCCAGUGAUCAUCAACGACUACAAUCAGUGCAAAGGAGGUGUCGACAACCUUGAUAAGGUUGUCGGCACCUACUCCUGCAGGAGACGGACCAAUCGAUGGCCAAUGGCCCUCUUUCAUAACAUCAUAGACGUCUCCCUCUACAACGCCUUCGUGCUGUGGACCUCCGUAGAACAGGCCUGGCAUCAGCAGAAGUCACACAGGAGGAGGCUGUACAUAGAAGAGGUGGGAGAAAGCCUGAUCAAGCCUCAUUUGUCAAAAAGAGAGCGCCUUCCCCGCUCAUCAUCCGCUGCUGAAUUAGUCAGAGAUGCGCAGGAUGGUGCUGCUGCAGGCCCCUCUGGAUUGACAGAUCCCAGGGGCAGGAAGCACUGUGAGUUUCGUUUGGAGAAAAGGAGGCGAGUUGGAAACACCUGCAGCAAAUGUGGAAGGUUCACCUGCCGAGCCCACAGCAAAUUUGUCUGCAGCCACUGCUCUACCUGA